AUGCAAGAAGCAUCCACACGGGACGUAUCAGCAGACACAGGCAUCCCAAAGAGCAACCUUGCGCGAUGGAAAAAGCAAAGCAGUGAGAUUCUCCACUUUGAGGGUACAAUGAAACGCUUCCACCUCCAUGGCGCCGGCCGUCCGGUCUUGAUACCAAACGCUGACGGACUGGAAGCAUUCAUGCACAAGCGACGUGACGCGGAGCUGGCCCUGACGUGCACGCACCUGGUAAAUUACCUCAAGCGGAACCACAAGCCUUGGCUGGAGCAGUACCUAUCGGACCACCGGAGCGGUUACAAAUCCCUGCUGAAGCUUCUCCAGCAGUUCUGUGCGCGCCAUGGAUUCACACGCCAGAAGCCUGCCAAGUCCAAGCAGACACAAGAACAGCUGGAGAAGGUUCGGUAG